AUGCUUCCGGUCAUCUUCCAGCUCAUCCUGUACUACGGCCUCCUCGUGGUCCAUGGAGUCCGUGUUGAUCUCCAUACUGGCGCAGAGGCUGAUGUGGCCAAUGGCCCGACCCAUCAGCUGGAGGUUGCAGAGAAGCUUCAGCGGUACCGUGCUCUCAAUGAGACCCUCAUGAACCGGUACAUGGCAGGGGCCGAUAUACCCCUUGUGGACUCCAGCUUCUUGGAAGACGACAUCACAUCCUACCAUCUUCCUCGACAGUGGCGGAAUAAGCUGCAAGUCGUCAAGAAGCUGGGCGAGGGGUCUUUUGGGAAGGUGUUCCAGUGCCGGGUCCUUUGCGAAAGCAGCAAGGACGUCUCGGUGUCGGUGAAACUGAUCGUGGAUAAGGACGACCCUCAAGUCAGGAAUGAGAUCCAGAUUUUGAAGCAGAUGCGUGGGGUGUCCGAGUUCUGCAUCUCUGCCGUGGGAGAGCCGCCCUACAUUGAAAACAGUGAUGGAAUUUGGCUCAUGAUGCCGUACAUGAACGGCGGUGAGCUCCUCGACUUUCUGAACCGCUGCCAGACAAGCCCCGGCUGCCUCUAUGGGGACCCAGAAGGCCGGAAGGAUUGGACCCAGCUGAACCCACUCUACACCACGCCUUACAUCCUGGGGCUGUUCAGCGACAUCGUGCAGGGAGUGGAGGCCCUUCACGCAAAAGCCGGGCGGCUGCACAUCGAUCUGAAGCCCGCCAACGUCAUGCUGAACUGCCGUGGGGAGAAGUGCUUCGCGGCAGUGAUUGACCUGGGCCUUGAUCUCGGGAGAUUGCCGAGCGUCCGGGACGCCAAUUUACCUACCUCCCGAGGUCUACAGACUCAGCCGCCGAGGCUUGCGGCAUCCAGCACGGGAUGUGUGGGCACUGGGCAUCAUUCUGUAUCAGCUCCUGUACCGCGGCCGGCCACCAUUCUUUUCGGAUCCCCGACACCAGGUGAGCCUCUACGAUGCUUACUCGGACGACAACAUCCCCAAAACAAGGAAAGUUGA